AUGGCUCCUGCGACGGCAAGAGACGUUAAGCCCGGGCACCGCUGGCGGAGCCCCCUCCGUAGCAUUCUUUUUGGAGCUCGUAAUUCUGCUUCACAUGUGCGAAACAUUGGACGCCAGGUGGCCCCAGAGACCACAGCUUUGCCGAUCACUACAAUCCUUGUUUCUGUAACGAGUGCGACGAGGAUAACGCCUACGAGUACCACCGGUCUGGCCAAAGAAACGCUAGGUACAGACAGACAACCCACGGCCGAGCCUUCUAGGAUCAUUGAUAGUGGAUGGCUCCCUGCAACCGAAGCAACUACAGAAGCUCCUACUCACGCACUGCCUUUCCAAGGUGCGGCGCGUUCAUCUGUGACUGCACCGAUCAUCGGGACUACCGAACCGCCUGGAGUGUUCGUGACGAGCACAGAUAGUCAAAAUGACAGCGUUCCUACUGCGACAAACACUGAAUUGCCCCCCACGUCCACGCUGGAUACAGGGGUUUCCGACACCCUUGAGCCUUUGAGAGCAUUCACUAACGUGACUUCGGCGCCCACUGGAUUCACUGACCUGCCUGAACAGACUUCGAUCGGUAUAGAUAGUCCGAGCACCAGCACCUCCACCACUGAGACUCCUAAUACUGGCACCAUACUGUCUUUCCGAAGCGAAAGUGGAAAACCUACGGGAAUCAUCGCAACUACAACAGACGUCACAUCAGAUGAAGUAUUAAUUCCCACUGAGACGAGCACGAUCAAGAUUAUUACACUAAGCAACCCCCCAGAUGGUGUUCAGCCUCCGCGACUGCCUAAGACCAUACUCUCCCCAACUGACGAUCCAGGUCUCAACGAGAAAACCAUCACCCACAGUGUUGAACCGACGGUUGCACCCACCACACUAAGCACCGACCUCCCCUUUGGCGACACCCCAUCCCCAACCCCUACCGAGCAAACGGGUGGUGGCUCUACCUCAGAGGCCUCUCCCUUCCCCCAAAUCAGUGACCUCGUCAUCGAUACUCGAACUCCAGGGGUACUCGCAGGGGCUUCUACCCCGACUUCUGCACCAAUUUCGUCUGAUUCAGUCUCUCCAGCCACGUCAGAUGAUGGAACAUUACUGCCGAACGUUCCUUCGAUUGCACUAUCCUCCGCGAAUUCUUCACCCAGUGCUUUCAUCGGCGGCUUUCUUACUACUUCUCUCGUCGGGACCGGGACCGAGGCCAUUGCUAGUUCUCCGACUGCCUCGCCGAACACUCCAGGCUCUAACAAUGCCUCUGCCGCAGCACCGAAAUCAUCGAACAAGGGCACCAUCAUCGCAGCCGUGGUUGGUGUGAUGGUAGCCCUGGGUUUCGGUCUAGUGAUGAUAAUGAUUGUUCGUCGCAUUCGUCGGACUCAGUUCAUGAAGAAUGGCAUCCGAGAAGAGAUCAUCAGUGAUGAGCCAGACCGGACUGAUGUCACGUACACCUGA